AUGAGGCCGGUAACUGCUUGUGAUGCCUGCCGGACGAAUAAACGGAAAUGCCGACUGGACAGUAACGACACCAUCUGCACGCGAUGCCGCGAACUGAACCUCAGCUGCAGCCUCCGUGGCUGGACCGUUCGAAGCCCUUAUACCGUUCCUACCGUUCCCACGCCACGUCUGGCUCCCCAUCCUCCAACAUCCCCGGAAACGCCGACCUCGUCUAAUCAGGAGAGCCCGUCUGUCGAACUACAAAAGGAGCUGGUGACUUUAUACUUCUUGGUCGUGCAUGACACCCACCACUCCAUCUUCCACCGACCCACAGUGGAGCAGCAGAUCACAGAUGGGGAAUUCCCCGAUAUCCUGCUCUGCAGUGUCAUGGCCCUGGGGGCUCCCUUCUCGGAUAAUCCUCUCUUUGCCGGUAUAGACCGGCGGAGACGUGGGGAUAAAUAUACAGAGCGAGCUAGGAACUUGCUCGACCUGGCGGAUAUCUCGGUCACUACUAUCCAGGCCUCCAUUCUGCUGGCUACCGUUUGCUUCUGUGACUCGCAGACGGAAUCAGAGGCACUGUAUUAUUCUAUUGCCAUUAGAUUAGCGCUCAUUCUUGACCUGCCGAAUCGGGAGUGUGACAACCAGGUGGAGAGGCAGGUUAACCUACGAAUAUGGUGGUCGCUGUACAUGAUCGACAUCUGGUCGUCAAUGGGCCUCAACCUCCCUCGACAACUAGACUUCGUGGAGAGAUAUCCUCUUCCAACAAACGAAGAAGUCUUUCUAUCCCUCCAACGGGGAGUGGUGACGCCGGAAAAUAUGGAAUGCCCUGGACUGUGCUCUGAGAUGGCCAUUCUCGCCCGGAAAUGGGCCAGGAUACAUCUUUUUAAUAAAGCAGCUGUUAACAGCUUCAUUGACUCCCAGUCUGUGAGCGUCACGGUCGACUCUUUCGCACGCGAGCUCCAGGCCUGGUCGGAUUCUUUACCCUCAUAUCUUCAAGAGACCCCUGCCAAUCUGGAACGGUACUGCUCGCUGGGUCUAGGAAAUGCCUUUGCGGCGCUGCAUCUAGGAUACCAUUACUACAACGAAGUCCUGUUCUAUCAAUUCCUUGCCCACAAGCCAAGCCAAGAGCGGGUCGACUCGAUAUCCUGGUAUCGGUCACAGUGCGAAGAACACGCCCUCGCAUUCUGCAAUCUCCUCUACCGGUGCCGCUCAACGAAGCAGCUCCAAUUCCAAUGUCUCUACGUGAUGGUUGGGCACAUGCUCGUCGUCACAUCAACCGUCUAUAUCCACAUGCUCGUCUCAAGUGACAACGAGGCCAAGAUAAAACUCGCUCGUCAACGGCUCGGGCAGAACUUCCAGAUACUGACUGAAAUGCAGACAUACUGGGUGUCUUUGGAUGUCUUUCUUUCGCGGCUGCAGGUGUUUCAUAAUGCCUGCAUCAGGUCCAUUGAUGAGCCCUUCCGGAUGGACCAGUGGAUGCUGUCGUUCCUCCUAGAGCAUGGGACUGCCGUUAUGGAGCGGCCGUUGGAUGCUGGCUCGCCGGAUACAUUAAGGAAUUGGUUCUUGCAGACUUUUUAG